UGCGUCUGCCUCGCGCUGGUGCAGGCGGACAGCCCCUCCGCCCCAGUGAAUGUCACUGUCAGGCACCUCAAGGCCAACUCCGCGGUGGUGAGCUGGGAUGUCCUGGAGGAUGAAGUUGUCAUCGGAUUUGCCAUCUCUCAGCAGAAGAAGGAUGUGCGGAUGCUGCGCUUCAUCCAGGAGGUGAACACCACCACCCGCUCGUGCGCCCUCUGGGACCUGGAGGAGGACACGGAAUACAUCGUGCACGUGCAAGCCAUCUCCAUCCAGGGCCAGAGCCCGGCUAGCGAGCCAGUGCUCUUCAAGACGCCGCGGGAGGCUGAGAAGAUGGCCUCCAAGAACAAAGAUGAGGUGACCAUGAAGGAGAUGGGGCGGAACCAGCAGCUGCAGACAGGCGAGGUGCUGAUCAUCGUCGUGGUCCUGUUCAUGUGGGCCGGCGUCAUUGUCCUCUUCUGCCGCCAGUAUGACAUUAUCAAGGACAAUGAGCCCAAUAACAACAAGGAGAAAACCAAGAGUGCGUCAGAAACCAGCACACCAGAGCACCAAGGCGGGGGGCUUCUCCGCAGCAAGGUGAGGGCAGGGCUUGGACCGGGGUGGGUGGCCCCAUGGCUCAGGCACUGGGAGUCCCUGGACUGCAGAGGGGUCAGCUCAGGGUCUGGCAUGGCUACAGCUGGGCAGAGCCAAGCUUGGCUACUGCCUGUGUGACCCAGGGGACACUGCAAAUUGAUUUUGGAUCCUCUCCUUUUGCAGGGUGCCAGGGGCCAGUGGGG